GCCUGUUCAGCAGCAGGUGUUUACUUACCAGACCCAUCCAAGGCACUCGAUGUGGUUUUCACGAGGGGCAGAGGGGUGAGGGAUGAGAGACACACAACAAACCGUCAUACAAAUCACUUUUCUCAUCGUAUAGCCCAGUUUCUGUGACAUGGAGUCAGUGCAUAGUGAGGCGUCCUAGUGCAGCGGCAGUAGAGACGAGGCAGGCAUGGGCUCUGCCCCUAACCGAGGCUCAUCGUGUGCCUGGAGGAGUCUCUGUACAUCCACAACAUUCGGGACAUGAAGGUGCUGCACACCAUCCGGGAGACGCCCCCGAACCCAGCGGGCCUGUGCGCGCUGUCCAUCAACAAUGACAACUGCUACCUGGCCUACCCCGGCAGCGCCACCAUCGGAGAGGUGCAGGUCUUCGACACCAUUAACCUGCGAGCUGCCAACAUGAUUCCCGCUCACGACAGUCCUUUGGCCGCGCUGGCCUUCGACGCCAGCGGAACCAAGCUCGCCACUGCUUCCGAGAAGGGGACCGUGAUUAGGGUGUUUUCCAUUCCAGAGGGACAGAAACUCUUUGAGUUCCGGAGGGGAGUUAAGAGGUGUGUGAGCAUCUGCUCGCUGGCCUUCAGCAUGGAUGGCAUGUUCCUCUCUGCCUCCAGCAACACAGAGACGGUGCACAUCUUCAAACUCGAGACUGUGAAGGAAAAGCCGCAGGAGGAGCCCUCCACCUGGACCGGCUACUUCGGGAAGAUGCUCCUGAACUCCACCAGCUACCUGCCCUCCCAGGUCACAGAGAUGUUCAACCAGGGCAGGGCCUUCGCCACCGUCCGCCUGCCCUUCUGCGGCCACAAGAACAUCUGCUCCCUGACCACAAUUCAGAAGAUCCCCCGGCUGCUGGUGGGCGCGUCCGAUGGGUACUUGUACAUGUACAACCUGGACCCCCAGGAGGGCGGCGAGUGCACCCUCAUGAAGCAGCACAAGUUGGAUGGCAGCAUGGAGACAACCAAUGAGAUCUUAGACUCUGCCUCUCACGACUGCCCCCUGGUAACUCAGCCCUACAGCACCGCCGUAGCCAAAGGCACUCACGCGCCUGCAUCUCCCACGAGACUGGCCUACACGGACGAGCUGGGCGCCGUGGGCGGCGCGUGCCUGGAGGAGGAAGCCAGCGCCCUGCGGCUGGAGGAAGACAGUGAGCACCCUCCCAUGAUUCUGCGGACGGACUGAACUUGAGCUGUGAACUCUGACCCCACAGCAGAGAACACUGGCUGACAGAGGACUUUGUGUUAUGCUGCUACGAACUGUGACCUGAGCUGGGGGAGAGGAUGGCAGAGACUUAAAAAGAG